AUGGCCGGUGUCAAAGCUUACGAACUCAGAUCCAAGUCCAAGGAACAACUGCAGGAGCAGCUGGUCGAGCUCAAGAAGGAGCUGGCCCAAUUGAAGGUCCAAAAACUGACCAGACCAUCUCUCCCAAGAAUCCACACUGUCAGAAAGAAUAUUGCUAGAGUUCUCACUGUGAUCAACUUGCAACAAAGAGCUUCCGUCAGAGAAUUCUACAAGGGCAAGAAGUACAUUCCAAAGGAUCUCAGACAAAAGAAGACCAGAGCUUUGAGAAGAGCCCUCACCAAGUACGAGAAGACUCAGAAGACCGACAAGGCUAGAAAGCAAGCUAUUGCCUACCCAGCCAAGAAGUUCGCUGUCAAGGCUUAA